UCCUUCACUUAAGCUAGUGGGUAAGCAGUGGUGAGACACCUCUGUUCUAAGGCGUAGACAGAUUGCCUUUAGGGGUAUAUAUUCAAGGAUUUGAUUAUCUAUGCAGCACAAAAUGCUCAACCCGCAGAGAUCUUUGUCUGAGCUGCCCAAGAUGUCCGCUGCCAGUCAAGUGGAGAGAGCUGUUUUGGAGGAGGAAUUCAACUGGCUACUUAAAGAAGAGGUACACGCUGUGUUGAAGCAGCUCCAGGAUGUUCUCAAGGAAGCAUCAAGACGUUUCUCCAUGCCGACACCAGGCCUUGAGAGUCAGCUCAAACAGGAAAACUUCAUCCUUGGCAGUUCAACCAUGGAUCAAGUGAAGGGGGUGCUGACUCUGCAGGGAGAGACGCUGACUCAGGCUGACAUAAACCUAAAAGUUGCCAAAAGCAGCCAGGUGCUGCACUUUCAGUUCAGAGAGGACAAGCAAUGGAAACUACAGCAGAUCCAGGAUGCCAGAAACCAUGUGAACCAGGCUCUCCAGCUGCUGAGCAGCCAUGAUGAGAGCUACCACUUUAAGACAGGGGCUGAGGUUAAUAAGCUCAUGGAUGCAGUGAUGCUGCAGCUGACACGAGCAAGAAACCGCCUCACCACCCCAGCCUCCUUGACUCUGCCUGAAUUAGCCACCAGUGGUCUAAUGAAAAUGUUUUCUCCUCCCAUGCCUGGGGAUGUGAUGGUGAACUUCUACAUCAACUUGAGCAAACUUUGUCUGACUGUCUACCAACUUCAUGUAUUGCCUCCUAACACCACAAAGAAUUUCAAGCCAGCCGGAAGUUCAGUGCUGCAUAACCCAGGAGCAAUGUUUGAGCUCAACAACAACCGGUUUGAGGUCAGCCACGUUCACAAGGUUGAGUGUGUUGUGCCAUGGCUAAAUGAUACACUGGUUUUUUUCACCAUCUCCCUACAGCUCUGUCAGCAGCUAAAGGACAAGAUAUCUGUUUUCUCAAGUUUCUGGAACUACAGACCUUUCUAAUCAUCUCAUGUUCACCUUCAAGUGACUAGUCAGAACCAAACUAAACCCACAAAUGUAAGGGAUAUCAUGGGAAGAUGUAUGUUUCUUUUAAUAUUUAAAGCAGUCAUUCAAUUUCAAGUGUUGCAUGAUUAGCUAAGUGAGCCAAUCAAACUGUCAGAGAUAUUGAUGUUUGUGUCUUUAGUUUUGUUAGACCUGCUGACUGAUAAUUCUCUUAUGUGUAUUGCAUUCCAGCACUGACUUGAAUUUUUUCAAAGAAGUGAAUGUUUCAGAGAUAUAUAUUAUUUAGCUACAUUUAAGAAACUUAGAACUUAUUAAGUAUUUAGCUUGAUCUUAUCCCAAAGUUUAGUACACUAAGUUAAUGGCUCAGGGCUGGAAGUCUAAAUAGUUUAUUUCCUAAAUGUUAAGCAAACCUGUUUUUUUUUUUUGUUUUUUUUUGUUUUUUUGUUAAAAUCUUUUUGCAUUCACUCACUUUCCCACAGUCCUAUCCUAUCCAGGAAAAAAAAAUCAGUCUUUCUCUACUUUUCUCACAGGAUUCAAAGGGGCAACCAAAUGAGUAGUGUGGUUAGCACCACUUAUCUAAUUAAACUGUGUUGAAGUGGAGCUUUGUCAAGUCUAGAAAAAAGAAGUUGUGGCAUGUCAUUAUUAAAAUGGUGGUGUUGUCAACA